GGUAAGCGAAAGGGGAACGUACGAGGGUUGGUGAAAGAGGGGGUUGAGCGGUCGGCGGCGGGUGGCGAAACGUCAGUCUGUCCUGCGCUGUCGAGGGGAAGGAAGCGCCGCUCGUCGUCGAGCGCGACGUCGAGCGCGACGAGCCGACGAGCCCGUACCCUUUAGUUCGCGUUUGUUCGUCGUCUCGAACGCGACAUUUACUCGUUUUCGGUUGCGCGAUCGGUCGUCUCGCUUUUCUAUUCUUUUCCUUUUCUCAGUUUUCUUCAGUGGAACCGAGAACGAUCGUUUGUCCGUGUCAGCUUCGUUAGAAUUUCGUGUAAUCAACACCUACUUUCUUCCAUCCGGUUUCCCAUUUACCCCUCUCCUCCUCUCUCUCUCUCUUUCUAUCCCUCCCCCAUUCUGUACUCACUUUGUUUCUCUUUCGUAUAUCAUCCCCUUUUCUGUUCGCUUAACCGCCUUUUCGUUUUCUUUUUUUCCCCUUCUCCUUCUUCUCUUUCUCUGUCUCUCCGUCGCACACCCUUUCCGCCCUUGUGUUUUCUUUUUCGUUUCCUAUGGCUCCUGCCAUUCAUCCGGUUAACGCAUUGGAGACUAUUUGAAAGUGGAUCUGUCGGAAAAACAGCAGCGUACUACGCAGCCAUGGACCGAUCGCUACGGAUUCGUCGGUCAGCUGCGCAUCGACCACCUUCGAAUUCGGGUUGGGUCUAAAAACCGUGACAAAACGAGUCGCUACAAGUCGAGGGGAAAAAGUGGCAAAGAACUGUGGAAAACUAUUCGAAGCGUACUAAUGUAUAAAGUUAAGGAGCCAAUGAGACAGGAAGUAGACGGAAGAUAAGGGUAAGAAGAAAAGAAGAGAAAGAAGGAUGAAAAAGGAGGUUGAGUGGAAGAAGAGAGGAUCGUGGUAGGCCGGAAAGGCAGAGGCGACGCGUAGAUCAGGGUUGAUCCGGGUCGAUCGGUGUGAUGGUCUCGGGGUGGUGUCCGUGCGUGCCACUCGGCCGCCGAGAAUCAUCGGCUCAACAACAGUCGGCCUCCUCGUCGAGGAGUUUCGGGAACGACGGUGCACCGUUCACCGUCAGUGCCUCGACCGAUCGCGCAGAGAUGGUCCAGAUGUUUUACUACGAAAAUCGCGGCAAAUGCUGCAAGAAGCUUCUUAGAUACAACGGCUAUCCGAACAAGGUGCUUUUGUUUCCGGAAGAGGGUUGGGCGAGAAGCGCGAGCAGUUCCUACUGGACUUUGACACCGUUCUGGUGGAGUCGAAGUCGAUGCAAAGUGGUGGAAGUUGCUGGAACCAGGAGGUACAGCACUCAAGCGAAAAUGGUGGUCACGGGAACGGGCACGCUUUACAUCAUCGGCUCUUUCAAAAGAAUGACGACCGAUCCUGAUUUCAAGUUGUACCUGACAUCGAACGUGUCGUCGAGCGACUUCAACAUGGGCUACAGCAUGACCGGUACGUUGGAGCGUGGCUCUAAGAAGACCAACUCCUUUCAGAUGACUCACUUUGCGGUGAUUCGUCGACGAGACUACGAAAAGGCCUACGAGGAUUCGAAUCCCACCUAGUGUCCGUCCACACCCACGCUCUCCGAGUGUGGGGAUUGCGAACACUACACGUAGAAGGAAAGCUCCUAGUCUACGAGCUUCAGCCUUUCGAAAUCGAAAGGUAUCUUAUAAAGUUGAUCGCGUCACCUGCCAAUUUAACGAACGUAACGGCCAGCAAUCAGGCGCGUGAACGAAAAAGCAAAAGCGAAACACGUCCAAAGGUAGCGUUUAACUUAUCUAUCGAAUUAAGUACUUACAAUUAGUUUUUAACUAGCGACGAACGAUACCAAAGUCGAGUAUGCAAAGCGACGGUGAUCGAGGAUGCCGUCGUUCCAAAGUAUUAGCACGUAAGUCGUCGUUAAUAUCUCGCAGGCGAUAAACACGCGUCUUUCUAUCCGCCUUUAUUUCGCGGUAUUAAUCCUCGGUAGCAGCAGCAGCAGCAGCAGCAGCAGCGUAGCUUGCUUACGCAAGUAAUUUCGAGUUUUCAUCUUUUGCGAGGAAAGCUCGAGCCAUCAACAACCGCGAAUCGUCCUAGAAUCGUCCUGGGAUCGUCGUGUAUCACCGCAAAGUCGACGCGAUACUUAUUUUUGUUAACGAGUAGCGAUACGCGGCCGUUACACGACGAGUCUCGAUCGAAACGAAAUUCUUGAUCCUGCUCGUCGAUCUUCGUGAUCGCCAAUCAAAGAAUUUUUGUACCUUCAGCUUUGCUCAACACUGUAUUUAAUGCCAAAUACGAACGACACGUAAAUAGGUGUAAGAUAUGUUCCAGAGAUCGUUAAUUAGCGUUCGACGAUCGACGGAAGCCACGUGCCAAAACAAGCUUCGGUGUACCGUACCUCUCGAUAAUCAUUUUACAGCUACGCGUUCGCACUUUAUACAACCAUCUAUGUUUUUUUUUCGUCUCUUUAGUCUCUUUCGUGCAUGCCAUCGUUUCCUAGAAAAUUCUAUUCUUCUCUUCUCAUAUAGCUUCCGACGGAUUGGUGAAGGAACUCGCCUGCCACUUAUCUAUUAGUCUCGAACGCUAUUACGCGUUACAGGUUUCAAUGGCUUUUCGCGAACCAGCAUCUCUAUCCUUCCUUACCACUUCGCGCGGUAGUUUAGUCAUUAGUUUCCUGCCGAUUCGCGCGAAUCGUCAAAUAGAAAGUCGCUAUGAAAGCAGCGUUUGAUACACUUUCGAGAAGCUAGAUCGAUGUCGUAGAUGGUUUAACGUAGAAAUGUAGCGCGCUUCGAUUUAGCAGAUUCUAGUCGUUAGGUGUAACGUAGAUCGCUCGUAGUAGAUACUGAUUUUUUAAACUCGGACCGCACAAAAGAGACUCACUCGGGUCUGCCGAUAAGUAGAAAGCGUUCUUGUUCUUGUUCUUGUUCUUGCUUACCGGCACGAUUUCGAUGUGUUCGCUUCUUUUCGAGUAGCUGACUUAGAUGGAUUCGUAGAUUCAGCAGUUCGAGUGAACGUACGUCCGAUAUCACGGUCCCUCCUAACUACUUAGCCGUAGCUGUGACCCACGAAUGCACGCUUUCUUCGCGAUCGAAAGAGAAGCGACGUCUUAUCUUCGUCAAACUGCACGACGGGUCUUUAGUUUGUCUUUAGAACCUUGUCCGCUUUCGAGCUUUCAUACGAAAUCGUUCGAAGCAACGAAAUAUGUAUGUAUGUAUGUAUGUAUGUACCAAUCAGCUUUUCGACGUCCACGGUUCGACGAUUCGGAUGGAAGGUAGAAAGCGAUCAACUAACGUAUCUACGUAUGCUCCUACCAGUAGACAGAGGUUUAUCAACGUAAAAGUACCGUAGCAAUUAGUAGGAAGUUCGAUGUGAUCGUUAUCGUAAUCAAUAUUGUUAUCAUCGUCGUUGUCGUCGUCGUCGUCGUCGUCUCUGUUUAACUUCCGUUUCGCGCGACGGAAAUUAGUUGGCGUUCGUCCGCGUCUCCUUUUUCGACUCGAAAUAUGGCUAAUCGCGUGUUUGCCGCCCCAGCGAUCGUCCGAACGGGAAAUUUUAUUUUUUCUAGGCGGCUAAGAUCGUCGAUUAGCGCGAGUUUAACAAAAUGAAACAUAACCAACAUAAGGUGACACGCGAACGACGCUCUUCGACUACUGUUCGUCGCCGGAAACGGGAAAAAGCUCGGAUUCUGCUUAUCGUUGGAACACCCUAAUCAGAUCCUCUUUACAGUUAUCGUGCAUAGAUUCGAGUAAUUAGGUAGAGUAGAAUACUAGUUAGUUCGCUUUUCGCCUAGUCGAAUUAUUUCGUUCCAAUCUUACUCGUACGCUCUAUCUAGUCCAGAAAAUCUUUCUCCUCCCGUAUCUCAUUCGAAUGUCGUUGUAAUCGAUGUGUAGCUAUUUUAGAGAAUUAUAACGGAUGUCGAUAGGAAAUCUGCAACUUGUAUCUUUACGAUUAUCAUCAAACGGAUUGUUAGCUGUAAAUGUAUCGGUCUUAACAGAAAUACGAACGAAACAUUCGUAUUCAAAGCUAUGGCUGUGAUCUUGAUUAAUCGUAAAACGGUUCGUAAAAAAAAAAAAAACUAUAUACAUAUAUACGUAUAUAUUAUAUACCAUAUAUGAAUAUAUUAUAUGAGAAGUAAGUAGGUUAUGACGACGCAUGCAGCGACAAGCGACGCGAUAUUUUGCCAAAUCGUUGCGUUCCACGGACUUGGGCUUACUUUCGCGUUAAACAUCCCUAUACACACGUCGUACACACCUGCAAGCUCGAAUCCACAGGAAGGAACGCGUAUUACGUUCUCUAAUUCGGUGCUAAAAAUCACGCGCAACGUUCGCGUCCACUUCAUCCUACCUAAUUCAAACGUGUCAUUUGCUUCCACUUACACGAUUCUCCUUCGUUUAAUCAAAGAGACGGAAUCAAAGAACGUUUUGCCAACCCAGACAAGUUUGCGAUGAAUGAAAAAAAAAAAAAAAAAAAAAAAAAAAAAAA